AUGACGACCCAGAUGCGUUCGAGAUCGUCGGGCCUGGCCAGUCGCGCAGGCGGCUUGCCAGUCAAGACUCUGAAUCCACCAUCGCGGAGUCGGAAGACAGUGGUUGCAGUCAAUCGUCCGUCGAUUUUGACAAGUGACAGUCGUGUGCGGGUGGACACCUACGGCAUCCCAGUGAAGGUUCAUCACUACCGCCAGCUUGGGAAGCGAGAUGAUGUCCGGGACAUCGCCCACGUGUUGUCGUCGCCGUAUGCGACUGGAGAUGACGAUGACGCUGAGUGCUUCACACACAUGCGUGUGCUCUGCGCACUAAGGUUGACUAGCCACCGUAAUGCCUCGGAGGACGCAUGGGAAGGCGCACUACGGAAGUUUAACCACACCUCGAACGUCAAGGACCACUUAGUGGCGAAACACAGCUCGCACCCGAUCGGCAAAGCGGAGGCGACCAAGCGAGUCAAGCGAGUGCGUCGACAACUCGAGGACGCGUUUAGCCAAGUGCCUGGCUCGAUGACAACCGACAUGACCAGCGUUGACCACUCUACAAAGGGAUCAAUGAAACAGGGAGCGCUGAAAAAGCUGUGGGGUCCGUCGAACAUGCAGCUCAGAGCAUAUAUUGCCAAGUGGCUGAUCAACGACGCGCCUAUUGGAGAUGGAGUACACAUCCGUGUACAAGAGGCCGUUCCUGAACCUGAUGCACGACAUGUGGGCUGCGGGUACCGGAAUGAAGGAUGUUAUCGGCACGUCGAUGUCGUUCAUCGACAAGGACUGGACGUGGCGUUGCUAGUGACAGUCUUCAACGAAUCUCACGAUUCCGGUGUUGUGCAAAAGAAGAUCUCGAGUCGAAUUGUGGUGCUGUACGACGUUGACAUCGGCUGCAUGGCUCACUUCGUCAUGUCGGAUACGGCCCCAGCAGCUCGUAAACUGUCGAAACUAUACGAAGAUGCAGUACCAGUGGACUGCUCGAUGCACGUGUUAAAUCUGUGUCUCGUAAGCAGCGGCAGGUGUACGCCAGGAGGUCCAUUUCCCCAAGGCGCAAAUCUGGUGAAGAAAACCCGUGAUCUCAACAACUACUUCAAGACCCCGCAACGUGUGGAGAGGCUCUUACGCGUCCAGCAACACUAUGGUUUGCCCGAGCUCAGCGCGAUGGUGGACCGUGAUACGCGCAUGGCCUCGACGGUGACGCUGUUUCAGAAGAGUAUCCUGAACUACCCCGCACUCAAAGCCUACUUCCAACGCUACGAGGCCUACGAUGAUCCCACGGUAUUUGCGAGGUUAUCGAAAGAGAACUGGCAGACGAUUGUCCAGUGCGAGGCGGUAACACACAUGCUGGCAGACUUAGCACGAAUCGAGGUCCAGAGAGAAGACCAGAUUUCCUCCGAGUUGCUGAACUACUGCCAGGACGUGCCCAGGACGAUAAUCGAUGCGACCUCCCUCUGUGCUAGUGCGGCAACUUGCCUUGGCCGUAUCAAGGCCCAAGUCCAGAAGCGCUUGGCUAAUGUCUCCGCCGAGUCAAUCGUGGUGUUGUUCUUGGAUCCAAGAACCAAGGACUUUAUUGAUUCAGUGGUGCAGCGCAGUACGGAUAGCCCGGGCACCGGCGACGCCGGCAUGACGGAAGAAAAAGGUGUGAUCGAGGAAGGGCGGAUGCUGCUUCGCCGAUCACACAGCGCUGUCUUUCAAGCUAUGUAUGCUGCAGCGCAUGAGGUACACGAGAGCGCUGGAGAGAUUUCUCCAAACCUGGACCUCGUGCCGUCAAUGGACGACGAUGACAUGCUAUGUGGAGCGCCGCUAACGUUGAAGGAUGCAGGCCGGCGGUCCCUAAGCUCUCUUCAUCAGGAAGCAGAUGAGGUGCUGGACAGGUGGCUGAGCCACAACGUAUCCUGGGUUCAAGUAGCUGUACAGCAGGCUGACGACAAGGGCAUGACUGCGGAGGUGAUGCUGGUACACCGCAACGGCACUGUGCGCUGGAGUCUACAGGGCCUCUUCAAGCAUGUUGAUGUUUGCCAGUGGUUCAAGAAGGUCAGUGCCAAGCACUUCCCUUCGGUUGCCGCUCUUGCUCGCGUUUGGCUUGACCGCGUGUCCUCAAACUCGUUCCAAGAACGCGUGUUCCCGACGGGUGGCUUGAUAAUGAGCUCGCGGCGUACAAGCACUGAUAAUGAACGUGAUGAGAUGCAGGUCCUGCUCAAGCAGAACAGCUCUGCAAUCAAGCGGAUGGAGCCGCACGGCAGAAGCUCCGUCGUCUCAAUCGACAAUGUGCAAGUCUCUUAA